AUGGUCUACAAAGGGUUCUUCCUCACUGAUCAGCCAUGCGAAUGGCUGAUCACCGAAAGCGACUGCGUACCGUAUACCGUACUACUGUAUGCCGGCAUUUCUGGAAUGUUCUAUUCACAAACUGGCGUCUUGAUAGAGAGAGGCAUCGCGACAUUCGCUUCCAACUACACCACCGCUCUCAGCCGUCGAAUCGGUGUCACCAUAUCUACCGUAGUCGUGUUGCUCAGCUUUAUAACCUACCGUACUAUUAUGUGGGAUGAUCCUCUUGACGGUUACGUUCUCACAUGCUUUGUGCCUUCAGCUCAUAGUGCUCACCGAGCCAACUGGUUUUUGUUUAUUUGUGUUUGCUUGACAUUUUUCAAUUUGAUUGCUUCAAUGGCUGUUAUGUACUACAAUAAGGUGUUGGAAUACAGGUGA